AUGAUGUUUAUUCAAUUGUAUUCACUUAUUGUAACUAUAUUGGCGGAUCUUAUCUUUCUAUUCCGACUUUGCGUGCUGCGACAGACGCUCUCAGAGGCGACCAUGGUGUGGUUUGACAAAGCUGCCGAUAGCACACAAGGUUCAUUACUUCUUUCUGUAUUUCUUAUCUAUUUGGCACUACCAAAACUAUUUCUUCUGUAUGAACCACUCAGCCGUUGGAUAUUACUUGUAGCGGCAAUUGGUGAAUCUCUGCGAGUAGUUGUUUUCUCCGUGCUAUUCAGUGAGUUUGAAGGGGCAACGGAGCUUAACACUUUUCUUCUCACAUUAUUUGCUCAAAACGCAUGGCUAUAUUGGUAUCACUGGUAUACCACGUAUAAAAUGUUCUCCCGGCGAUCCAAGUAG